AUGGGAACUGCAGCAACACGCCUUGCACCGCUACCGCAAGCUCCAGUCGUCUGCGACUAUCGCGAAAUUGCCGCCAGAAAGCAAGCAGACCGCGAGAAUAGCCUCGCAAAAUACUCCGAAUGGAGAGUCAAGGAUCCCGGCAGUUCUGUAACAGACGUCUCUGACCUUUUGCUCUCCAAACUCUCCGCUGUCGAACGCCAAAUUGUCUCCAAAGAUGCGACAGACCUCGUUGCAGAUAUUGCAGCUCGCAAGUAUACAGCUGUCCAAGUCCUGACCGCGUUUUGCAAAGCUGCCGUCGCGUCUCAAGACUUGACAAACUCGCUCACGGAAAUCUUCUUCGAAGAGGGCUUUGAGCGUGCCAGGCAGCUCGAUCAGAUUCUCGAACAGACGGGAAAGGUCGUAGGGCCCCUUCACGGCCUGCCCGUAUCGAUCAAGGACCACAUCUUUGUCAAGGGGAAGGAUGGCGCCACGGGUUACGCAAGCUGGGCCUACAAGACGGUCGCAGACCACGAUGCUGCCGUGGUGAAGAUCUUGCGAGAGGCCGGGGCUAUCAUCUACGUAAAGACGGCGAAUCCCCAGACGCUUCUCGCUCUCGAAUGUAACAACAAUAUUUAUGGCCGCACUGUGAAUCCGUACAAUCGCUCCCUCACCUCUGGAGGGAGCAGCGGCGGCGAAGGCGCUUUGAUCGCAAGUCACGGGAGCCCUUUGGGCGUGGGUACCGACAUUGGUGGAAGCAUCCGUAUCCCAUGCGCCUGGAACGGCCUUUACGGCUUCAAACCCUCUGUCGCCCGUCUGCCGCACACAGGACUCGGAGGCUCGCAUGAUGGGAUGGACAACAUUGUUGGAUGUGUUGGUCCAAUGGCGACCUCUGCUCGCGAUCUCAACCUCUUCUGCAAGGUCAUGCUCCAGUACGAGGCCUGGUUCGUCGAGCACCAGAACCUCUACAUCGAAUGGCGAUCAGAGGUGGCAGAGCAAGGCAAAGGCCUCCCAAAGAAACUCGUCGUUGGCAUUCUCGCAGACGACGGCGUCGUUGCGCCUCACCCCCCUAUUCGCCGAGCGCUGGACAACGCGCGAAAGGCGCUCGUUGCGGCCGGUCAUGAAGUUAUUGAUUAUAUACCUAUGGACCAUCAAGCUAGUUGGGAUCUCAUCGUCAAACUCUACUUCUUGGACGGUGGCGCAGAAUACUUUGAAACGCUCGCCGAGAGCGGCGAGCCGGCGAUCCCAAGCUUUGAAUGGAUUGUCAGCCACGCCCAGGGCCGCGCACCUUAUACCAUUGCCGAAAUGUUCAAGCUCAACGUCGAACGUGAAAAAUUCCGUGCACGAGCACAUGCACACUGGAAUGCAUCAGCCAAGCAGACCACAAGCGGUCGCCCCGUUGACGUGAUUCUCACUCCCAUUGCCCCCACACUUGCAGCCCCACACGACUCGGUCCGCUGGUGGGGGUAUAGCUCUUACUGGAACCUUGUCGAUUAUCCUGCUGCCGUUUUCCCACUUGGACGUCUCCGGGCCGCUGAUUGGGUUGAAACCAGUGCAGACGCUCUCCCUGAGCCUAGGAACGACACAGAAGCCUUUAUCCGCUCACAGUGGAACCCAGAGACCUACGACAACGCUCCCAUCUCGCUUCAGGUUGUUGGACGGCGACAUAUGGAAGAAAAGACAUUAGCUUGUCUCAAUAUCGUCGAACAAGCAAUCAAGGAAUAUGAAAGCAAGUGA